ACCAGUGCCACCAAGGGUACCUCAGGAGUAGCAGGAGGUGGUGGCCUCACCUGUGCCUGACACACUGUGGGCUUACUGGCAGGGUUCGAGCGGGGACAACUCAGGAUCCUGUGCAAGGCCCAGGGGGUGGCCCUGCAGACAUGUGGUGCAUGAAGUGAAUUCGCCACAGGUUUUCCAGACAAUUCUCACGAGCUUUCUGCCCAAAUCGAUAUCGAUAUCGAUUUAGGCAGAGAGCUCAUGAAAAUUGGCCGGUGUUGGGUGACUAUUCAAACCGCACUGUCUCCAUGCUGUCCACCUGAGGGCCCCUGUGCAGGGGAGCUUUCCAGGAGCACAGUUGAGGUAAGGAGUGUGGCCAGGCGUCAGCCUCUGACUCUUCAGCCCAGUGUGGCACCAAUGGUUGGGGAUGGCCUCAGUGUGGACAUGAAAGUUUCUGAGAAUAUUCCGUAGCUCUGAAAGGAACCAUUUCCUCCUGGUUGACAUGUGGACCCAUGGGGUGUGACUCAGGGUUCCUCAACUGGAGGGCUCGAUGGACAGGACCCUGGAAAAGGAAGGCUGAAAAUCUAAGUGAGGGUGAGGGCCCAGGUCCCAUCUGCCUGAGCCAGGGAGGGUACCCCAGGAGGCUGAGUAGCAGGAGGCGGUGGCCUUACCAGCUCCUGACUCACUGAGGGCUUUCUCACAGGGUUCAAGCUGGUGGAACUCGGGAUCCCAGGCCAGGCCCAGAGGGCGGCACUGCAGACUUGUAGCACAUGAAGCGUGUUUGCUGGGUGUUUUCCGGCCAAUUCCCAGGAGCUUUCUGCCCAAAUCCUUAUCUCUUCACAGAUGACAUGAUGAGAGAUUUUUAAAAGCUAUGAAACUGAUGGAGCACAACUGGAGAUCUCAAGGGGAACAGGUAUUCUCUGAGCUUCACGCAGGAUGAAAGGCAAAUUGACAAAGGUCUGUCUAGCACAGUGAGCGGGUAGGAGUGUCAGGCCUGGGAGGGUGGAGGGAUGACAGAGCUACUGGGCUAGCAGUGGAGAGGGGAUGUGGUUUGGCUACUUGUGUCCCUUACCUGCCCUCAAGGGCCCUUUGUGACCAGACCACAGCUCUGUGAUGUGGGCAUGGGGCUUGUGUCUGCGUGGACACACCCAGGGCUCAGUUGUCUGAGGGCAGCAGUGCGAUCGGUCACUAACUCUCAGGGCUCAGUUACCUGAGGGCAGCAGUGCGAUUGGACAAUAAUUAUUUUCAGAGGGAAGAGAUGGAGAAUUAUCUCUUCCCUCAGGAAUUCCUUACGGAUGGUUGGCUGAGCUCCAGUCCCACUCUCUGGGCAGUUAAUGCCAUCUGUGCCUUUGUGUGCGGACUGGGGCUCUUCAUCUUCAUACUUUCGUAUUUCCAGCCUGAUCCGUCCUCACCACGAGGCAAGAAACACAGGAAGAGCAGGAAGCCUCCCCAUGUUUUUUUAUCUCAGUACCAAGUGGAGCCACGGAGAAGGAGCAACAGAAUCAAAUAUCAGACCGUGAAAGGUUUCAGAGAAUGUCUGAAGAAUCUAGAAGAGGUUCAGGACCUAUUCUUCCUUAUGGAAAGCCACCUGGAGAGGCUCUCUGACCAGGGGGGCUUUCACCAGUUCUUACGUCAAGCAGCCCCUGGGCAGGUGCGCCGAGGGGUGCCAGCUGGAGCCCGUCAGCCAUGCAGGGAGCCUCUGCAAGAUGCUGCUCCCGCUGUGGCCCCAUCACCUGCCCUAACUCCACUGACGGGGUCCCCUCGGCCUCUGGCCUCCACCCUGCCAGCAGAGCCAAUGUCCUCUUCAAUUGCUGUCGCUUCAUACUCCUCCCUGACUACUUCAUGGCUAGCAGAGCCUUUCCUCCCCCGGGAUGGCUUUCCACACCAGCCACUUGCUCUUCCCCCUUCCCCACCAUGUCUCCCUCCUUCAGAGGCCUCCCCUGGGCCUCUGACAGCCUCCUUGGCCCCAGAGCGGCCGGACUCUCCUUUGACUCUCCCUCAGUGUGACUCAAGGGCACCCCUGCCUGCCCCAUCCCACAGAGCUCGGCUCCACACACGCCCUGGUCAGCUGACAGGUCAGCUUCUCCUGUCCCAGCCAUCUCGGGCCUGGCCCGCUCACACUGCCCCAUUUCGGUCCUGUCCUGGUGGCAAGCGGCUGCCAAUGCCUGGAACCUGUCCACCUCAACACGCCUGGAGUCCCGUCAAGCGCCUCUGUCCCAUGGCCCACCAGAAGCCUUGUUCUGGGGAGACCCCACACACAAACAGGAAGAGACUAGGAUCCCCCCUUCCAUCAACCCGGACGUCCAGAAGAUUCUGGAGACACUCACUGCCAAGAGAAAAGAACUGAAGUCUUGGAGAGAGAAGGACAAGAAAGAAAGGUCAAAAUACCAGCUGACCUCCUUCGGGAGAAUGUUCAAGUCCCCAGGUGACGGGCAGGACACCAUGGGCCGCCCGUCCUUCUGGAGCAUGAGGGGCAAAGCAAAACAGCUGCUCGGCCCUGAGAAGCCC